AUGUUUAAACGACAUUGGCUUAUUGUACCUACAAUGCCCUCGCAGCCCGAGCGUAGAGACGGCGGGGCGGCGGGAAGCAAGGCGGCGCGGGGGAGCACGCAGCCUCCGCGCUGCGCAUCUCGGCCUCUCGGGGCGCGCGGCGACAUCGACACUCGGCAGUCGACGUCUCCGCAGUACCAGUCGCGCCCCAACCGCGUCGACGUCCGCACGCUCGCUCGACUCGCGCCUCCCGUCGCGUCCGCUCUGCCCCGCACACGCAACCACAACCCUGCUCUGCAACCCGCUGCACGCACGCACAAGAUGAUCCCAAGACGCAAGCACAACGCGUCGUCCGGCUCGCUGCCGCCGCCCGACGACAAGCACGCCAGCAACGACUACAUACUGUCGGACAACGAAGCACGACGCGGAUGGUGCGCUGCGCUGCGCCGCCGCUUUAACCGCAAAACGCUGCACAAACGACUCCCCAUCACAGCAUGGCUGCCUCAGUACAACACAGAGAAAGCCAUAGGGGAUCUGAUUGCUGGAGUGACUGUGGGUCUCACAGUGAUCCCACAGUCGCUUGCCUACUGCAACAUCGCGGGGCUACCGCCGCAAUACGGUCUUUACGGCUCUUUCAUGGGCUGCUUUGUGUACAUCAUACUGGGCGGGUGCCGUGCUGUGCCCGCUGGACCUACAGCUAUCGCAUCGCUGCUCACAUACCAGGUGGCCGGUGGUGUCGUAGAAAAAGCCAUCCUACUCAACUUCUUCGCGGGUCUUGUAAAGCUGCUCAUGGGCGUGCUGGGUCUCGGCUUCCUCAUUAACUUCGUAUCGGGCCCCGUGUCCUCUGGGUUCACUUCUGCUGUCGCACUCAUGAUCGCUACGUCGCAAGUCAAAGAUCUGUUCGCAAUCUCUGUGACCGGCACUACGUUUCUGCAGCAAUGGAUCUCUAUCUUCCGUAACCUGCAUUCUGCUUCGCUCUGGGAUCCUGUGCUCGGCUUCAUUUGCAUAACUCUGCUGCUGAUAUUGAGGAAACUGGGCAUGAUAAAAAUAGGUGCCAACACCGAGGGCGGGCCGACUACGAGACAGAAAGUGAUCACCAAGGCUUUGUGGCUGAUCAGCACCUGCCGUAACGCCAUCAUGGUUAUUGCGACCGGCGUGCUCGGCUACUGGUUUAUCAACACGCGAGGAGAUUCUCCCGUCAAACUUAUGGGGCCAAUCCCGUCAGGGGUGCCGAUGCCGCAAUUGCCGCCCUUCAGCUACGUGCGGGCUGACAACACCACAGCGGACUUCGUCGAUAUGAUGUCUGAGUUGGGUUCUGGGCUCAUAGUUAUCCCACUGAUCGUGUUGUUGGAAGACAUAGCCAUUUGUAAGGCAUUCUCCGACGGGCGCACUAUCGAUGCCACUCAAGAGAUGAUAGCACUGGGCGUGGCCAGCAUAGCAAACUCGUUCAUGCAAGGCUACCCGGGUGGCGGAUCGCUCGCGCGCUCGGUUGUCUGCAACGGGUCUGGCGUCAAGACGACCUUGAAUGGAUUGUACACCGGUCUGAUGGUCAUCCUAGCCCUGCAGUUCUUCACACAGUACUUCGAGUUCAUACCAAAGGCGGCACUGGCUGCUGUUAUAGUGGCCGCCAUUCUCUUCAUGGUAGAAUACAACGUCAUCAAACCUAUGUGGCGCGCAAAAAAACUGGACUUGAUUCCGGGCGUGGGCACGUUCAUGUUGUGCCUAAUACUGCCCAUCGAGUUGGGCAUCCUGACCGGCGUCAUCGUCAACAUUAUAUUUAUUCUGUACCACGCGGCGCGUCCUAAGCUUUCUGUGGAGACACUUAAGACGGAGCACGGUGUGGAAUACCUUAUGAUAACGCCCGACCGCUGCCUGAUGUUCCCGUCGGUCGACUACGUGCGGCGGCUGGUGACCAAGUUCGCGGGCAGCAGUUCGGUGCCGGUGGUGCUGGAGUGCACGCACAUCUACAGCGCCGACUACACCGCCGCCAAGAGCAUCGAGCAGCUCACGAGCGACUUCCACGCGCGCCGGCAGCCGCUCUACUUCUAUAACGUCAAGCCAUCCGUCUGCUCCAUAUUUGAAGCCGUGGCGAAGCCCGAGCACUUCGUAGUGUUCUACGAGGACGAGGAGCUGGACCGGCUGCUGGCGGCCGACGAGCGCCUCGAGCCCAGCAAGACACCGCCGCCGCCUUCGCUGGGCGGCGCUUAG